CCGAAGGCAAAAUGCACGCACGAAACCUCCCUCUUGUGCUCCUGCUGGCGUGUUGGGCCGUUGCGUCCUCCGAAGCCUCUCUUUCCAUCGGUGGCUUAGUAGGUGGCUUGGCGAUUCUGAAGGGCGCGGCGCUUGUCAGUUACGCAGUGGGGCGUCACCAGCGAUACAACAGGGGACAUUACCAUGGUCGUUCUCACUAUCACGGAGGCUAUAACGGAAGAAGUCACUAUCGCUACGGCCGCUCCGUCGAUCCCGACACCGAAGCAAACGCUGAUGAAGGCAAGAACUUGCUCCUGUCCACCGUGGGGCAGCUCGACCCCGACGGAUGCAUCCUCAAAAUGCUCUGCCACCUCCAAACAAUGAGUCACUCCACCCUCACGCCAGAGGAGAACCUCCUCGUCGACAUGUUCUCCAACAAAACCGAGACCAUGUCCUCCUACAACGCCGCCUUCGUUUACGCCACGGACGUCGGCACCAAGACCCGCGACCCGUCCGUCUGCAACGGACUCUUCCCCAAAUGUUCCCUCAGGGAAGAGCAGCUGAGCGGCCUCCUUCGGAGAGUCUGGGGCUGCGCCUCAGACCUCUUCCGAGAAGAUGCUGAGCGUGAUGACUUCAGUGCCACUCCGUCUAUGGAACAACCCGUGGUCGAGCAACGACCUGUCGACGAGGAGCCCCAAGAGGAACAACAAACCUUGGAUGAAGAUGAGCUGCCCCGAAAUGACAAAAUGUCCAUGGAAGAACUGGUGGCUCUAAUUAUGGAAUAAACAGUAUAAGUAAUUACAAAAGAUCGGUAGUUAUGUAUUAGGACAAUAUAUUCAAAGAAACUAAUUACCGAAAUCAGCUGUUAUUAUUGGUAUCCAGUCAGUUUAUAUACAUAUGUUUAUAUAAUGAAAUACUCAUUGCAAAACGCAUGUGUAUAUGCGUGGUCGAGGAACGGCCUGUUGAUGAGGAGCCCCGAGAAGAACAACAAACCUUGGAUGAAGAUGACUUGCCCCGAAAUGACAGAAUGUCCAUGGAAGAACUGGUGGCCCUGAUAAUGGAAUAAAUAUUAUGUGAUUACAUAAGAUCGAUAGUUAUGUAUUAGGACAAUAUAUUCAAAGGAAUUAAUUACCUAAAUCAGUUAUUUUUGGUAUGCUGUCAGUUUUUUAUAUGAAUGUAUCUAAUGAAAUAUUACAAAACCCAUGCAUAAAUGUGCGUUGAUGUGCGGUUGUGCCUACGAGUGGGUAUGUGGGAGAGAGAGAAACAGAAACGUAGGUGAGAGAAAUAAGAGAGAGAAAGAGCGUGUGUGUGAAUGUAUAUGUAAGAGGCUGUUUGUCCAUGUGUCUUUGCAUGUAGGUUGGUCUGUUUGUAAGAGUAUUCAGCGGUUCUUUAUAAACACAGGCAUUUUGUCCUCGCCAACAAGUUCACCAUACCGUAGUGAUAAGGAUAAUUACACAGCAAUGUUUCACUAGCACCAGGAAGUCAACAGGCUCUCUUCGAAGGAACAGUAUUUCCAACACGCUUGUAUUCAUAUACAUUUAUGAAUUAUAUACAUGU